AUGAUUUUGACCUCGCCAAGUCGGGAUGACUUCGCAACAGGAGCGGCAUUCGAUCCUGAAACAUUUCGAUUUUUCCAGGAGAAUCAAGAUCCAGAGCAUCCUGAGGAAGUUGAGGAGGACAUUGAUGCUGAUUCAGCAGAAGAGGCGAAGUUGAAGAGUUGUUGGUCUGACACGGUGAGAUCGCUGCAUGCGUCGCGCGAAACAACAACUUAUAGACUUGUUUUCAUGUCAUCUCUGCAAACAUGCACCUGCCGAUACUAUCACACACCGGCAGACGUGACAUAA